ACAAGUAACCCAGCCAGCCGACGAACUGCUGGAACGAGCAAUGAAAGGUUAUUCCAUAGUGACCAGGUGGAGUGCCAACAUGCAGAGUUUGGUGGUGCAGGCACUUGCCAUGAGGCAGCUCGGCCGGUUGAACCCCCGCCACCUGCUGGCUGCUGGAUAUGGACUCAGGCAGACUGAAUGGUGUCCCAGGACCAUCCACACGCGCCAGCUGUGGGGCUGCUGUGCUCUCCCCGGGCUCGGCUGUCACCGGCCCGCUUUACUAGGCAGAGACGGCGCCAGGGGCUGGUCCGUCCACCAUCCGAGGUUUAAGAGCAGCAAGAAGAAAGGCGCCGCGAGGACAGUGCAGGAGGACGAAGAGGAUGAGGAUGAUGAGGAUAAAAAAGACCCUGAGGAGAGGGAUUAUGAAGAUGGGGUGGACGAGGACCCAAAUCUACGAAAGGACUAUAAAGACAUGGAGAAAUAUGUGCCGUCCUUUCGGUACGAUGUCAUGAUGAAAGCCGGCCUGGACAUGUCACGCAAUAAAAUUGAGGACGCCUUCUACAAAAACAAGCUCAGGCUCAACGGAGAGAUACUCCUCAAGAAAAGUAAAACGGUGAAGGUCGGGGCCACCUUGGACCUGGUGCUGUCGGAGAACCACGAGGAAAACACAGUCACUCUGAUGAGAGUCGUCUUCCAGAAGUUUUUGGGCCAAUCCAACAACCAAGAAAAGUACAAGGUCGCCAUAAGGCGCUGGAAAAGUGUCGAGCUUCCUUCAGACGAGGCCAUUAAGCCGUGAACUGGGAGCAGGGCGGUGUGGACUGGGACGUCAUUUACCGGUGAAGGCGACCGCGGCCGGAGAGAUGAAUGCGACCAGAUGAGCGGUCUCUAAUGGAUUGUAAAGGUUAACAGGUCUCAGCUGGUUGGGAGAAAGAUUCAAAGUGUUUACCAUUCCCCACUAUGCUGUGACUCUUCCAAUAAAGGUGCACUUUGACAUUU